AUGGAGAGGCUAUCCACUAAAGAAUCCCUUCUUCUUGCUAUAGAAACAAAGUUUACUCUGUCAACAAAAUUGACUGUUGAAGGACCACUUCGAAUGAGAGAGGAAUACGCAGGAGGGGUUUUUGAGACACCAAAGGUUAUUGAAGAAACGGUGCCAGAACAGCUUAAAGGUGCACUUGGUCAGGCAGCAAACACAAUACAGCGACUUCCUGUACCUGUUAGGGAUGCUUUCACUGGUGGUCUGAGAGUUCCUUUGAGUGGAACUUUCCAGAGAUUAUUCAUGAUCUCAUAUCUUGAUGAUGAGAUACUUUGUGAGUUUCCAAGGUUAGACUAUGUUCUGUUUGUCAAGGGGUCAGGACCACAUGUAAUUGAUUAUGGUUAUGUAGAUGGCAAGCCUCCGAAGGAGGUAGUUGUUCGAGGUGCUCAGUUGAAAUGUGAUGUUAAAGAUAUGGCUUUGGUGACACUGAAUAUGGCAUGGACCUCUUCAAACUUGAUAUGA